UUUAUGACUCGAAUCAUGUUUCUAUUUUCGCGUUGUUUACUUUGGCCAUCUUCUUGCGUCAAAUUAUUAAAUUAUCAAAUUUUCGUUAUCGAAUUUUUGACUAUAUUGUUAAUUCGACUAAAUUAUGUUAGUUCGUUGCCAUUGGAAAUUCCAAUCUGUUGUCCCAGCGGAUAUGUUUUGGUUGACAUUAAUCAGGGAAUUUUACGGUCUGAAAAAUACGAGUGCAUGUCGGCGGAAAAUGCGUCUCGUAGCGACUCCCGGUGGGAGUUUUUUCAAUCGGAACUCAUUCAUGGUUUUCGAAUAAAAACCGUUAAUGUAUCGAGCGUUCCCCAAUGUGACAAACAAACUCUGUUCAAAUUCUCGGAAGAAGUUGAUCUUAGUCCAAGAAGUUGUUUAAUUAAAUUAUAUGGUGCAAUGUAUGCGAUAUCUUGCCCCCCUUCCGAAAACCAUGAAUUAAUUCACAAAGUGAGUGUAAUGAGAAAAUGUUGUCCAUACGAUUACAUCUAUGAGUCAGAAUUAAAAAAAUGCAUCAAAAAGAAUAUUCCCCUCAAUUACUAUGAAGUUUUCUACGAUCAUCCGGUAGUUUUAAAUGACAAUCAAUUGCAGUGUACAUCGAGUCAAGCUAUUGUCGAAUAUAAUUUACGAUAUAAUGAUUUUAAAUUUGUCAACGGAUAUCUUUUGAUAAAAUUGACAAAUCAAAAAUUCGACAUUGAUGAGUUUUGUGUUGAAGGUGUGGUGAAUAGCAAUGAAGUUGUGGUGUAUAAUAGAAGUUUGGUAAAUUUUAAGAAUUCAUUGAGAUUUUUGGUAAGAGUUUGUAAUCGAGAAUCGAUUUGUGAUCGAAUACCAUGUAUACGGAAGUGUUGUGAAGAUGGUCAGAUAUUGGCGCGUGUAAAUGGGACAACACGGUGUAUGCGUGAUUUAACUGAUGUUGGCUAUCAUAGUUUUGAGAGUUUUGAUUUGAGUGGGCAUUUUGAUAAGCCAUCGGUUUUUGGCGUCGUUCGGGGCUUGGAAUGCAAAAAAUUCAGACUUGAAGCUGAUCCGGAUAAUGCUGAAGAUGAACACAGUAUUAGCGAUGAUGAUGGAUCCAUUUACUUACAAUUUCUUCGAAUGAGAUUGGAAAACACUCGAUAUUGUGUUGAAAAAAUUCGAAAUGCAUCUUCAGGACCUCAAAAGCUCUACACUUUUGUUUGUUUUGAAGAUAUUGGAAAGGAUAAUUUAAAAUUUAGUUUAUAUUCAAUUGGAUGUCUAAUAUCCUGUUUCUUUUACGCCCUAACUCUCCUAGUCUAUUUAUCUAUUUCGAAAUUAAGAAAUUUGCCUGGAAAAAUUCUGAUAUGCUUGGUAGUAAGCCUCUUCACUGCAUAUCUGGGGAUUGCCUCAACACAGAUAAGACAACCCGAUGACAAGAUAUGCUUUGCCUGUGCUUUUUGUAUUUAUUUUAGCUUAAUGGCAGCCUUUGCAUGGACAAACGUCAUGUGCUUUGAUAUUUGGCAAACGUUUGGAAGUUCCCAGCGCGCACACAGCAUGAACAACAAGCACAACAAAAAGUUCAUAUUUUACUCACUAUACGGAUGGGGAUUGCCUUCUCUAUUGACAACAAUUACCAUUUGCCUGACGAAAUUUGAUAUUCUUAGUGACCAUUUGCGGCCAAAGUUUGGAAAAGGACGUUGUUGGUUUGAACAUACACUUGCCAAAUCACAACUUAUAUUCUUCUCCUGUCCAAUUGGUGUCUUAUUUAUGGUUAACUUGUUACUCUUCUCCUUAACACUCCGCUAUUGUAACAAAGUUAAGCGAGAAAUAUUUCGAAUGCAAAGUUCAAAUAUCGAAAAGCCUGUCCUGCGAAAACGUUUCUUCAUGGAUCGUGCCCGUUUUGUAAUGAAUACAAAGCUUUUCAUGGUUAUGGGAAUUACAUGGUUCCUAGAAUUUGUCAGUAUUAUAUUUUACGAUCGAAGAAAAACAGUUUUCUGGUAUCUAAGUGACUCGGUUAAUGUACUCCUUGGAGUUAUAGUCUUUUUUAUAUUUGUCUUUAAGAAGAGAGUUUGGAUGGCUGUUUUGGUAAAAUUAGGUUGUGCCAGCAGAGAAUCUCUUAAAAGUAGUCCUGGAACUUAUACAACUUAUUCCACCUGUGGAACACCUAAUCUUAAUUUAAAUCGAAUGAAAAGCGCCGAAAGUCAUUCAUCACUUUUAAGUCCAGCAUCAGCAGCUAUAAGGAGGCCAUCUUAAAUUUUAACAAUUUAUACGUAAUUUUCGAUAGUAGUUUUUUUUUUUAGAAUUUUUGUUAUCUAUUUUAUCUAGAUUUAAGCUUUUGUUAGAAUGUAUUUAGUUAUUAGAUCUUUGAAUGGUUCAUGACGCACACCCCUACUUAAUAAAUACGCUUUUAAAUCUCAUUAAAAUUUACUUAACAAUUAA